AUGGCGACUAUAGAUAUCACAUUGACAUCAUCGCCAUCGUUAAAUCUGCCAGAUUCACCAUUUACAGAUACUACAUUGACAUUAUCGCCAUCGUUGUUCAACACUUCUUCUUCUCCUUCUUCUGCUGUGGUUACACAGCAAACUCCUCUUGACUUAGAUGCUGCAACUGCAAAUCAGUUGGUGUUGUUAUUCCAUGAUGUUAAUCUCCGUGAAGAGGUUGUCGAUCAACUCAUCAAGAAGCGAGAUACAUGCGAAAAUCUUGCUCUUCUGUUGUGGAACACCUUCAAUGUAGCUUACAUACUUUUGCAGGAAGUCACAGUAGUAUACCGGAAGUUGUCACCCUCAAAGUUAUCUCCGAGGGAGUCAACUCGAGCAUGUAAAGCCCUUGCUUUGUUUCAGGUUAUGGCCAAUUACCCAGAAACAAGAAGGGGGCUCAUAGAAGCUCGAAUACCGUAUUAUUUCUACCCAUUUCUCAAGACUAAUGGAAAUGAUGACCAGCCUUUGGAGUAUUUGAGGCUCACCAGCUUGGGCGUUCUCGGUUCCCUAACAACGUUUGAUGAUCCAUAUGGAUCAGAUGUCCUUACUUUUUUCAUGGAAUCGCAAGUGGUUCCUUUGUGCCUGGGGUGCAUGGAUCUAGGUGAUGAACUGUCAUCGAUGGUUGCAACCCUCAUGGUUAUGAAAAUGUUGAUGCAAGAGGCAGGAAUGACCUAUUGUUGUGCUUCUGCUCAUCGCUUCUACUCGAUAGUACAGGUCUUGUACCGAGUGGUAGAGAAACUGUCUGAAAAACCUUGUUUACUGCAUCUGAAAUAUGUGAUACGAUGUUAUCUUAGUUAUUCAGUGGUGUUAAAGUUCGUUUGCUCAUGUGAUGCAUCGAGAAGACAAGUUCCUCCCCAAUUGUUUGACAACACUUUUAAGGGCAUUCUUCGUGUUAGUUCAUAUGCUUUCUUUUUAUAUACAUACUUAUAAACAUAUGCAAUGGGCCAUGACUUUACUGUUACAAAAAAUAGUUUUGUGACUUUAGUGUUACAAAUAGUUAGUUUAGUUUCUUUACUCUUAUAAAAAAUAUAGUUUUUUGACCUUAGUGUUAUAUAGAGUAAGUCUAUUGACCAUUGGUUAAAUUAACCCCGGUUGUUAGCCUAGUCUCUUUCUUCAUUUUCUUGCAACAACUCCGAAUAAAACUCUUUAUGCAAUCGUUCAGUAUAGCACAAGGUUGAUACCUUUUGGUAGUACUUGUUUCAAUUGAAUUGCAUCUUCUAUAGCAUUUCUACUAUUAGAAUACCUUAAAAUUGGUAUCGCCUGUAUAGAUCUUUUUUAAUUACAGUUACAGUUUCGCGUGUGUGAUUGUUAAUUUUUGCAUAUGCCUUUGCAGAAUGAAUACCUUAAAAUUGGUAUCGCCUGUAUAGAUCUUUUUCAAUUACAGUUACAGUUUCUCGUGUGUGAUUGUUAAUUUUUGCAUAUGCCUUUGCAGAAUGACCCCGAAACUUCAUGGAUGUUGCAUCUGCUACAUUUCAAUAUUUACGACUAUUUUCUGGCAUAUCAAAUCAGUAACAACAUUGCAAAGCCGGAUACAACAACUCGAAAGGCUAAGGGUGUCAUGACCCAAACCGAUGAGUCGUGACGAGUGUCUGACCUCUAGUGACCAAAAACCCUUAUGCUUGUAUCUGGACAAUAAUGAACAUCAAGGACCCAUAAGUAUCUCAAACUGAUCUCAUACUGCCUCAUGAAAGGGUGACCUCAUGAACUCUGCACGAUCUGAAUAUAUAGAUACAUGCUGAAAAAACAGUGUAAGCCAACUAGGCCGCUAUAUAUACUGUACACAAAAGAAUAGGAGCCGACAAGGCUCUAUCAUCUGACAUAUAUAAACAACUGUCUACAGACUUCUACUGGA